AUGAGUGAAUGCCUUCGCUCGAGUGCUCCUCCGAAAACAACUCUCCGGAUUAUAUCCGACAUCGAUGAAGAAUGCGAAAGGGCGAAUAUCUCAGAUGACAUUGAAAUCCACCGAGGCCCGUUCGGGGCGUUUAGAUUGAACCAAGAUCAAGACACUCUGUCCUGCGAAGCACCUAUAAACGACCAUGAACAGACACAGUCCAGUUCACCGGAAGAAGUGAUUCCGGAGAGGGAUCUUUAUUCAGCCUCCGAUAUUAUUCUGUCGCCUUGGUCACAAGCCUUGAUGCAGUUGACUUUUGAUCAACUAGAGGAUGUUGCUAGUUCACCUUCCCCGGGACUUUUAGAUGCCAUGGAUCAAGAUUGCGUGGAAGAUGAUUCAGCACCCCAUGGAUACCAAUCCACCUCAUGCGUUACAGAUCAGUUCUACAACCAUCCUAUACCACCCGCCUCUUUCCCUUCCUCUAUGGGCACCACCAAAGCAGUGCCACAAGAUGCCGUCUUCCUUCUCAAGCACUAUGUCUCGGCUGUAAUUAGCCUUAUGACCCCCCUCCGGCACUCCAAGACUCCCUGGCACAUUCUGUUUAUACCUCACACCAAGAGUUGCCUUGCCGGCUUGGCCUUAGGCGAUGAUAUGAGUGAUGCUAGUCUGUGUGCAUUCUACGGAACAUUAGCUAUAAGUGCAUUCAGUCUUGGCGGGGUCUCUCGAUCCGAAACAUGGAGCCAGAAAGCCAUAAUUUACAAGGAGAAAGCCCAGACCCACGCAAGAAUGAUGCUGAUGACCGCCUACCAUGUCCCAAAAGUUACAAAAUACAAGUCAAUCCUGAUGGCAUUGCUCACAAUGGUCCAAGUAUCAAUGUUCUCGGGGAACAGAGAGCAAUCGGAAUAUUAUUUUCUGGAAGCAGAGAAGUUCAUUCGGUUAAGAGGACUUCCGCGGAGAAAGUCUCGAAAAGUCCGAUUGCUACAUCACUGCUAUGUAUUUGAGCGUAUCAUCCAUGAGAGUGUCUUUAUAUGUGGAGCGAACUCAAGACAGCGUCAUCGCGUUCACACAGCCAUUGAAACUAGUGGGCUAGGAAUGUAUAGCCUUGACAGCCUAUCAUUUCGCCUAUCAGGCUGGGAGAAUUUAGAUCAAGAAAUGAUGAGAGUGCGCGGGCAGGAGGAAGGAGAGAAUGAUCUGCACCUUGAAAGGCCUGGCUUUUGGUCUAACUCUCUUUACCCGGAGAUAUUUGGUGUCCCUGAACCAUGGAUUAUUCUUCUAUCUCAGGUUAUCCGGCUUGGAAAAGAAAAAGACGCAGCAGAAGGAAAUGAUGCAUCAAACUGCCUCAGCCUCAAGGAGUUCAUCCGCCGGGCGAGGACCCUUGAGGACUACAUUAAUAAUCUGCCACGACCCAGCUUGGAGAACACAUAUUCCCAUCUUGACCAUGACAUUAUAGAAAAUAUGUUGAAUGCCAUGCAGAAUGCACUGACUAUAUACUUCUACCGUCGAAUCCGCGACGUGAAUGCUUCCUUGCUACAGCAAAAGGUCGUGGGAGUGUUGGACAAUCUAUUGCGCUGCGAAGACACAGAUUCUACUGUCGUACACGGUUCAGCAGGAUUUAUCUGGCCUGCAUUCAUUGCGGCUUGCGAGGCUGAGGAUCCAUUGGUUCAGUUAUCAUUCUCCGACUGGUUUGUGAAUUCGGCACGGCGUAGUGGUCUGUCUUGCUUUACUGAGACAUUGGCCAAUGUUCAGAGAAUUUGGCAGGAGAAGAGUUGUGCUAAUGGAAGGAGUGUCACUUGGUUGGAUCUAAUGAAGAGCACCAUGCCGUUAUAG